AAUACUUAGCAGCAAAUGGAUUACAAUAUGAAAUUCGUAGAAUUAUUGAAGAAGCAUGAGAAUCAUCAGAUGAUACUUCAGGUGGCAUUGGAUGUGAUGCUUCAAGAGAAAAAUUACAAAAGCCAACUUGUCAAGUAUAGAGAUGGAUUGAGAAGAGAUGAUAAAAUUUUAGUCACCAAAUGCACAAAAGCCUUAAAAGAAUUGGCUAUGAGAUCAUAGCAAGAUUAAGUUAAAGCGUUGGAGAAAAUAAGUAAAAUCGAUCAAUAGAUUAUGCUUUAUCUAAAGGAUUAAGUAUUACCUAUCAUUCACUUCGAUAGAAAGUUAAACAAUUACACUUUCAUAAAGUACUACACUGAUCCAGGUAUGAUAUUCAUGUGUUAAUAAAGAAAAUUCAAUCAAUCCUUAAGAAACCAUCAUUGAGACACUAUACAAAGAAAAUACAAAUCUAGAAUCUUUCGAGGCUGAUUUUUCCAAGUUAGAGUGGAAAUUGGAGAUUACUCUAUCUAGCAUCAAGAUGAGAAAAGUAAUCUUUUAUAUUGAGUCAUAAUUAGGUCAUUCGACCAUUGAUUCUGUUAAUAUUCCAUACAAAAAAAGGAGUGAAGAAAACCAUGUACUUAGAUUACAAUCAAUUCUAAGAGUUCAGAAAGAAUGUUGCCUUAGUCUUAAGAUAAAUCCAUAUUAUUGAGAGUAUUUAAAGUAAUUUUUGAAUUGAUUAUUUUAAUUAAUUAAUGCUUCAAGAGGUAAAAUUUCCUUGUGGAAGGUAUGAUUUCAAUCAAGAUACCAAGAAAGUAGUUAUUGUGAAAGCAAAAGGAUUGCUCAAUUUGUAUUUGAAUGAAGAGAAUGAGUUGUGGUUGAAGUGGUAUAAUGUUGAUCUAGAUAAUAAAUUAGAAAUUGUAUUGAUAAUAAUUUAAUUUAAAUUAGGAAAGAGUCUUGAUUAAAGGUUGCACUUUUUUCGAAAAGGUUAAAGGCUAAAACAGAGUAUACCUCCUUAGAUUUACAGACGAUGACUNA